AUGGCCCCUCAAUUAAACGAAGAUUGUCUUUCUCAUAUAUUCAACUAUCUCUCCCAAUCUGCUGACGAUAUCGCUAUAUUAUUUCCUUGUGCUCUAGUCAAUAGAACUUGGUGCAAGGCCUCUAUGCCUUUAUUAUGGAGUAAUCCUUGGGCGAUCAGAUCUUGUUCCGAUUUAGCAAGGCGUCAUGAAUUACUUAUUAACGCUUACAUUUCUAAUUUACCUCAACAUUCAAAAGAUUCUUUAGCAAAUGUUCAAAUAAAUAUUAAGGCUGCUCAACGUACUUCCGCUUUUGAUUAUGCUAGUUUUUUGAAACAUUUGAAAUUAUCUUCUUUUGGUAGUUCCGUUAAAUUCUGGAUUGAUCGUUCCCUUAAAAAUGGUAUCAUUAAUCAUGACUCUCAGCAAAUGAUUCAUUAUCUUAUUGUUGAACAUGUAACAAAACUUUUACUCACAAGAUCAUCAAGUCUACGUAGCUUAGAUCUAAGAUAUUGUGAUGAUGAAAUGCUUGAUUGUCUGGAAAUUCUGGCUAGUGUUCUUGAAAACACUACCGAAGCCCUUGAUUGUCUUAUAUAUCUUAAAGAUUUCAAGUAUAGUGGAAGUAAUCAAGUAAUGCCUAGAAUUUUUGCUUCUCUUACCUCAAAAUGUCAAAAUAUAAAGCAAUUGG